AUGUCAGCCGGGACCGUGGUCAUCGCAGGAGGAAUUCUGGCUACAGUCAUCUUACUGACCAUCGUCGCUGUUCUGUGUUUAUGUAGGUUACAGUAUUACUGCUGUAAGAGGGAGGAGUCUGAGAAGGGGGAAGAGGAGGAGCCGGAGUUCUCCAGCAUGUCGCCCUGCCGCCCCCUGGCUCUGUCAGCUCCUCCCACUCCCCCGACGCCGGAGCGCUACAGCGACGAGCACGAGACUUACCCCCCCACCUUCCUCACCGAGCCCAAUGGGCCGGUGGGCUACUCCCCGACCCCCCCGCCGCGCAGGUGCCAGCGCUCGCACGCCUUCUGCCCGUCCUGCGCCCGCUGCUCGCUGCCGUUCUACCUGCAGCACCCGGAGCGGCUGUGCAGCGCCGGGCGGGGGGGCGGCUACAGGACUGUGCAGCAGCAGGACCUGGAGCUGCCCAUGGAUCUGGCCAGUUUCUACCAGAAGCUCAACCUCAUCCGCUCCGUCACCAUGAGGGAGGUGGUCACCCACAGCGUCAGCACCGACGUGUAG